AUGUUUUCAAAAUGUUUCCCGGACCAGUCGCAUGGAGUAAACUGCGUUUGGAAUAAUUGCCUAGGGAUUCAAGACUAUUCAUCGUUUGGUUGGUUGGCUGUGGUUCUACCGCUUUUUAGUCCAAGGAAACAAGGCUAUUCAUCGUUUGGUUGGUUGGCUGUGGUUCUACCGCUUUUUAGUCCAAGGAAACAAGGCUAUUCAUCGUUUGGUUGGUUGGCUGUGGUUCUACCGCUUUUUGGUCCAAUCGGCGCCGUCACCGGAUCGUUUAUCACUAUCUAG